GCGUCCGGAUUUGCAAUAGCUUUACCGCAUCUCAUGGGUGAUGGGUCGACGCGAGUGGGGCCCGGUCUGUAUAAAAGGGGGCCUCAAGACAUCCAAGAAGCAUCAGUCCUCAAAUCAAGGAACCGCAGCAACCAUGAGGGCAUUCAUGAUCGUGGCACUGGCCGCGAUGGCUAUGGCGCGCCCAGAGGCAGGCUAUUCUUACUCCCAACCGAGCGGAAGUUACGGCGCACCCGGCCACGGAAGUAGCGGAGGUUCUCUUGGUGGACUCGGAGGCCUAGGGGGAGGUCUUGGAAUCGGGGGUGGCCACGGAGGUGGUGGUGGUUUCUCAUCAGGAUUUGGCUCCGGUAGCUCCGGCGGUUUCGGAGGUGGUUCAGGAGGCGGUUUCGGAGGUGGUUCGGGAGGUGGUUUCGGAGGUGGCUCGGGAGGCGGCUUCGGAGGUGGUUCGUUCGGUUCCUCCGGAGGUGGUGGAUCCUUCGGGGGUGGCUCGUUCGGUGGCGGUUCGUUCGGCGGUGGAUCUUUCGGCGGUGGUUCAGGCGGCGGUGGAUCCCUGAUCCAGAAGCACAUCUACGUUCACGUACCUCCACCAGAGGCACCCGAAGAAAGACCGAACAGGCCUAUCUCCCUGCCAGCACCACCCCAGAAACACUACAAGAUUAUCUUCAUCAAGGCGCCCACUCCACCCACCCCUACCGCUCCUGUUAUUCCCGCUCUCCAGCAGGACGAACAGAAGACCCUCAUCUACGUCUUGGUCAAGAAGCCCGACGAAGCACCAGAAAUUAAUCUGCCAACUGUUACUCCCACUCAACCCAGCAAACCCGAAGUAUACUUCAUCAAGUACAAGACCCAGAAAGAGGUCACCGGAGGAGGCGGCGGAGGCGGAAUCGGCGGUGGAAUCGGUGGAGGAAUCGGCGGAGGAAUCGGCGGUGGAAUCGGCGGAGGAAUCGGCGGAGGAAUCGGCGGAGGAAUCGGCGGUGGAAUCGGAGGUGGAAUCGGCGGAGGUCACGGAGGCGGCAUCGGCGGAGGUCACGGAAGUGGCGGCGAUUCGCACGGAUCGAUCGGAGGUAGUGGCCCAAGUGGACCGAGUUCGAACUAUGGUCCCCCGGGAGGCUCAGGACCGUACUAGUCAACUAUACUUCACGAUCCCAACAAUAUUUUCCCUACCCCCAGCCCCCCAAAGCCCCACUCACACGCACUCGCGAUGCAAACACACCGACACGAACGGAUGGGGCGAGGGACUCGCCCAACCCCACGUUCCAUCCCGACUUUGUAACAUAAAUAUACAACGCGACCACACUAUUAUUUUUAUACGACUGUAUUAUAUAAGCGAAGAUGAUGCGAGGAUGAUAAUGAUGAUGUUGAUGAUGAUGAUGUUUUUUAUACCUAUUUUUUGCAAGAAAACGGUGGCGAAAUAAAGCUUUUUUUAUGUA